AUGGCACCGUACACCCUGGAAAACCAUGAGAAGGCUGUGCAGGAUCUCUCCGAAGAGGUCUUAGUUUUCCACAAGGCCCGCAUACCGUUCCGCAUCAACCAUGGCUCCACGCAUGCCACCCGUAUGCGUCCACCCGGAACGCCGCAGCUCUUCAUCACGCACCUAAACCACAUCCUGAGCAUCAAUGUAGCCGAACAGUAUGCCGUCGUCGAACCCAAUGUUAAGCUGGGUGAUAUACUCCACGAGGCGCAGAAGGUUGGCCUCAUGCCGACGACCUUGAUGGACUUCCCCGAUGUCACUGUGGGUGGCGGCUUCAGCGGUGCGAGCGGCGAGAGCAUGUGUUGGGAAGAAGGGCUCUUCGACUCCUGUGUGCUUGAGGUCGAAUUGAUCCUGGGCAAUGGCGACGUCGCGCGAGCAGUCAAGGGAGGAAAGAAUGCCGACCUGUUCGAUGCUGCGCGGUGCAGUUUGGGCUCGCUCGGUGUGGUGACACUGGUGAAGAUGCGGCUACGAGAGGCCAAAGACAGUGUACUGGUGACGUACGAGAGGAAGCACAGCGUGAAGGAGACGAUUGACCGAAUCGCCGAGCUCUGCGGCAACGAAAACCCAGACCAUCAUUACAUUGAUGGCGUGGUGUAUAGCCAGACGCAUGGGGUUGUCGUCACGGCUCGUCAUAUCGAUUCGAAGUCUGCCGAAGCGAAGAAGUACCCGAAGCAGCGUUUCGACCGGCCUCUCGACGAGUGGUGCUAUCGCCACACCAAGGAGGUGCCGUCGGGCCAUAGCGAGGUCGUUCCUCUGCGGAGCUAUCUCUUCCGCUGGGACCGUGGUGCAUUCUGGGGUGGCGAGACCAUGCUUGCGUACUUUGGUGUCCCGAGCAAUCGCAUCACUCGUGCUCUUUUCGACAAGCUGUGCACCGCUCGUGGCAUAUACAAGGCGCAACUGUCGACGGGCUCGGCGGAUUUCGCAAUCAUACAGGAUCUGAUCCUGCCGGUCGAAACUUCUAAGGAAUGGGUGGAUUACGUGGAUGAAGAGCUGGGAAUUUGGCCAAUGUGGUGUACACCGGUGAGGAAGCUGGCAAAUGACACUGAGGUCUGGGGUCAUCCAUUCUGGAAGACAAAACCUGGGGAAGAGGACGCUGGAGUGACGCAGGAGAAAGGCAGGCUUUUCAUGGACUGGGGUGUUUGGGGUGCUUGCGACGGCGAGCCUGAGGUAUUCAAUAGAAUCAACCGUCGGCUUGAAGAGCGACUAAAGGAAUUGCGCGGGAUGAAGCUGAUAUACGCGGCGUCCUUCUACACGGAAGAAGAGUUCUGGGAUCUGUACGAUCGCAAGCGGUACGAGGAUGCGCGGAAAAAGUGGCAUGCGGAGACUUUACCGACUGUGUGGGACAAAAUUCGUCGGAAUCCAUCCAAGAAGAGAGAAGACAUAGAGGCAGAAGAGGAGAGACCGUUGACCCUUUUCGAGCGGCUGCUCUGGGUCUGGCCUUUCGGCGGAUUGUACCAGGUGUUUUGCAUACUGUUCCGUUAG